UGUGCUUAUUUUGUGACUGCAUUCUGAGCUACCCUACACAUCAUCAUGGGUACAGACUACUACAAACUCCUCGGUGUCUCGCGUGACGCCAGUGAGGAUGAUAUCAAGAAGGCGUACAAGAAGAUGGCCUUGAAGUGGCAUCCAGACCGUAAUGCUGGUUCAGAGGAGGCUGCUAAGAAGUUCAAAGAGAUCUCCGAGGCCUUCGAAGUGCUGAGCGACAAGCAGAAGAGAACAAUUUACGACCAGCUCGGCGAGGAGGGUCUGAAGGGUGGAGGAGUGCCUCCACAAGGCGCAGGGGGCCCCGGCGGCUUCUCGAGCUUUGGUGGCUUCCCUGGAGGCACUACAUUCACCUUCACCUCCGGCCCCGGAGGAAGCUUCAGCAGUGGUGGCGGCGGCGGCGGUCGGGGCGGCUUCUCGCCCACAGACCCGAACAAGAUCUUCGAACAGAUCUUCGGCAUGGGCGGGCUCGGCGGUAUGGGCUUCGGCGGCAUGGGUGGGGGCUUCCCUGGCGGUGGAUCGCGGUCGACGCGGAUGAGCUCGAGCAUGUUCGACGACGAAGAUGACGACAUGUCCGGGUCAUUCUUCAGCGGGGGCGGUAUGCCAGGCGGCAUGCCCCGUGGCCGCUCAACUCCGCACAGAACGACGUCGACUCCACCGCCCCCGCAGCCGUCCGAAAUCACGAAGCCGCUCAAGGUGUCGCUGGAGGACCUCUAUUCGGGGACGACCAAGCAUCUGAAGGUCGGCCGGCGGUUACUGAACGGGGGCACGGAGGACAAGGUGCUCGAGAUCCAGAUCCACCCAGGCUGGAAGAGCGGGACGAAGAUCCGCUUCCCGCGCGCGGGCAACGAGCAGCCGAAUGGCGAGGCGCAGGAUCUGGUGUUCGUCGUUGAGGAGAAACCGCACGAGCGGUUCACGCGCGAGAACAACGACCUCAUCGCUACCGUGAAGGUCCCGCUCGUCGACGCGCUGACCGGUUCGGCUGGAAAGCAGGUCGUGGAGCACCUUGACGGGCGGAAGAUCCAGGUCACCCCUCCCGCGGGCAUCAUCAAGCCCGGGCAGACGACGACGAUCUCUGGGGAGGGCAUGCCCGUGAGGAAGGCGGGUGCAGUCAAGCAGAAGGGUGACAUGAUCGUCAAGUGGGAGGUCGUGUUCCCUGACAGGCUAACCGCCGCGCAAAAGGAGGGUAUUCGGAAGGUGCUUGGUUAAGGUGUACGUUGCAUUGGACUUCUAGCGCAAUAUGUGUAUCAUACAUCGCAUCUGUAUUAUGUAGUAUUAGUAGGAUAGACUUAUUUGUUAUACCCUCCGUCCGUUUUAUCCAAU